AAGUCCUGUAGGCUGUCAACAUGUUGUGGUGCCGUCUCACUACAAACUCUUCUCAGUGAUCAAUUCAAGGCUUGGCAAGGACAGACAUACGACCAUGCCGGCAUGCACCCUCGUCCGUCGUCAGAUCGUCAGAUGGCAGGCACGCGAGCGCGACGAGGCCCUUCAACAGCUGGCCGCCGGCCUACGCAGCGGCGACGGCAGCACAGCAUGGAGACGAAUGAGUUUCUGCUGCGACAGGAGCGCACUUCUACGGCUGAUGAACAGCAGAACUGGCCGACGUUCAACAUUGAGCCGACUGCUCCCUCGAGCGAGUCACUGUCGCCUAUCGCGGCAAGGACGAGGUCUCGUAGUAGGAGUGCAUUGGCAUGGACGCCAGGCUUAGGCCCGCCAGCUCAGCCUCAGUUGUCCCCGCCCAGCAGUGCCUAUGGUGACACCGAGUCUCCGCUGCUCGGAGGUCCAGAGCUGCUCGUCGACAGAUUCAAGCGGUCAGGCCCCUCCGAGCGAAGGCUGCUCCUACAAGCUCUGUCGAGCGUGUUUGAUCAUUCAGACUUGGUCUACCUCUCCGAACUCAUCAAGCCGCUCAUGUGCCGAGACUUCCUGACCGAGAUGCCGCCUGAGAUUGCGCUGCAGAUCAUAGGCUACCUGGACGACCCCAAAGAUCUCGUGAGGUGCUCUCAAGUCAGCAAGCGGUGGCGCGCUAUCGUGGCGGACGAGCAUACUUGGAAGGCUUUGUGCGAGAAAGUCUACAGAGGCGGCUCAGCCCGAGCUCUGUCUGGCUUGAGCACCUCCAACAGCUAUUCGGCCAUCCAACGCGGCGUAUUCAGGCGGCUCGCUAAUGACUACAGACAGGGUGGCACGCAUGCUCGUGCUGCCUAUCUCUUCACUAAUCCAGAUGCUAUGCGUAUGGCGGACGCGCUCCCACCAGAAGCAGAAGGGACAGGCGGCCCCGCGCCUGUACGCGGUCUCGGCCUGGCUCUCACAGACGCGGUAGCCACGGGUCAGAUUCCCUCGGGGCGAUCGGCUGAGGAUGGCGGACGAGCCAACGAGAUUGGCGUCCAGACACACCAGUUGGCUGACAUGCUCGAGCCGCUUAGCCUGAACAAUCUGGGUGGUAUGGGUGCUCAUGCCGUCGAAAGAGCCAAUCUGCCUCUGCCCUCUGCCUUCAACACACCUUCGCUCAACUCUCCAGCGGAUCCUCUGGAUCAAGCCAGCGAAGACACUGCCGAAGAGCCCGCUCGCUUUUCGUACAAGCGCGAGUUCAAGCAGCUUUUCAUGACCGCCUCGAGUUGGCUCAACGGACCAGGUCGCGUCUUGUCCACUCAGACAUCAGCAGACGAUGGUGCAGUGACAAGUCUGGCCUUCGACACCCAGUGGAUCGUUGUUGCCAUGAACUCAAGAGAGCUCCACGUCUUCAGCGCUUCAACGGGCACAUAUGUUAGAACGCUCAGAGGGCAUGAAGCUGGCGUCUGGUGUCUUGUCCUCGUCUCUGCGGGCGGUGGUCCAGUACAUCCUGUCUCGGGCGAUGCCUCUCCAGAGACUCGAAGAACGAGACGCUCAUCUUCUGUCGGACCCGCAUCUCCCGUCGCCGAACGACGUGCUCUACCUACAUCUGCGCCAUUUGCGCGUUCGGGGUCAACCAUGUCUAAUUUGUCAGCAGCUUCAAACGAUAGCCAGAGCUACAGCGGUCGAUUUCAGUCCACGGACCAAGCCGACUCGCCUCUGCGCAGCAAACAUCCCCGCCGACCUUCGUCGUUCUCUGGACUAGAGAACAAAGAACGCGAAGGCCAGUUCGGCACACAGAGAUCCUCAGAUGGUCCCAUGGGCAUGGGUCUUGGAGCAGGCGGCAACGGCGGACCGGUCUCCCAGCAAAAUACGGCUUGCGGUACCGCGAGAGGAUGGGGUCAACCUGAAGCUCUGGUGAUCAGCGCAGGCUCGGAUCGCGAUAUUCGCGUAUGGGAUGUCCGUUCGGGCACAUGUCUUUUCAGGCUGCGCGGCCAUUCGUCAACGAUCAGAUGUUUACGCGUGCUAGAGGGCAGGCCGAUUGCAGUUUCGGCCUCGCGCGAUCAUACCUUACGUGUCUGGGAUCUUCGCAACGGUCGCUGUCGAAGAACGCUGCGAGGUCAUACAGACAGCGUGCGAUGUAUCGAGGUACACGAUAACAAGGUGGCGAGUGGAAGCUAUGAUCUCUCUUGCAAGCUCUGGAACGUCGAUACGGGCGAAUGCCUCUUUACCUUUACGGGACACAUCAAGCAAAUCUUCACCAUCGCAUACGACGGAAACCACAUCGCUACUGGUAGUCUAGACUCCACUGUCCGGACCUACAAUGCUAUCACGGGCGAGUCAAUCGCAGCGCUGCAAGGUCACAUUCUGCUGGUCACGCAAGUCUUGAUCAAAGACUCUAUCCUCGUCUCAGGCGGACACGAAGGCUCGAUCAUGGUGACUGAUCUUACAACAGAGGAGAAGGUGCAUCGCUUGCUGGCGCACGACAAUUCCAUCACUUCGUUACAAUUCGACAGCCGCUAUCUCGUCACAGGUAGCAACGACGGUCACGUCAAGCUCUUCGACCUAAAGACAGGACAAUUCAUUCGCGAUCUCAUCGAACCCUGCGACCUCGUCUGGAAAGUCGCCAUACGCGACGACAAGUGCGUUGUACUCUACCAAAAGCAAGGCAGGACGGUCCUCUCGCUGAUCUCAUUCCGAGCAAGCGACAGCGAUCUUUAGAUGCCGCCUAGACACAUCAUGUAAAUUAUGCAUGCUGCGUGCACAGACGGCGAGUUGAAAUUCGAAUGCAAAUAGUCA